AUGGAGGACUCCUUCUUUGACGACUCCCACCCAGCCCAUGCCGACGUUGCCGUCGCGCAGCCCGACGAUGGUGACAUCCCAGAGGGCUUAGUAUCGGCAAGACGAGAGAAGUUCACGAGGCGAUCCUCCAACCGUGUGGCAGGUCGCAUGCCAUCGCCGCAGGACGCGAGGGAACGCGAGAGCACUUGGUUCGGCUAG